AUGAGCGAGCCAAAAGACCCGAGCGCUCCUCCUGGCGAGACCAACGUGCCCGCAUCGAACGCGCCGGCUGUGGAGACGAGUCAACCUUCCGCACAACACGAGCAACCGGCAGGCGAAACAAAUCAGCCCCCAGCGGAGUCAAGCAAUGGACCGACGCAGACAAAUGAGAGCCAAGCGCAGACAAGUCAGCCACCGAGCGCAGAGAGGCCCUCAGAAGGAACCCAAGAGUUUGCGCCAGCCCCCGGUGCGACUUUGCCGGCAAUAGACCCGUCUAUUCCGGCAAUGGAUACAUCCCAGUCCCUGAUGGAAUCAACCCUGUCGUCUUUUGAUUCAGCGCUCCCUUCGGUGGGCUCGUCUGCUGCCCCAGACCUGUCGCUUCCUGCAAUUGAUACGACUUUGCCCGACAUGGACUCCUCGCUACCGGCCAUCGGGACUGAUAUCCCGACUAUGGACGAGUCGCAUUCAUUUGGCGACGAGGGCCAGAUCGGUCACUCCGAUUUUCAUACCGGAUCCGCAGACCCUGCAGGCCCUGGGCAGCCAGGGCCGGUGAAUGGAUCGGCCCAAUAUCAGCCGUCCAAUGGCACGUAUAACUAUGCGCAAAGCCAUGCUCCCGCGCAGCAAGCACCUUCUCAGCAUCAGUUUCAGGCGCAGCCCCAGCAGCAUUACCAGCAGCCGCAGCAGAAUCUGGACAUGUACCACAACCCCGCUGGCUUCUCGGACAACAAUGUUCAGGGACAGCCAGGACAAGUGCCCCAGGCACCCAUUGGGUCACCACUGCCCUCAAGCAUGCCUCCAAUGGCGUCUAUGGGCCAGUAUAUGACCGGGUAUCCCUCCAACGUUCAGCCGGGAAUGAGUCCGAAUGCGCAGAUGCGGUACCAGUUGCCUGGGGAUCCGAGCAAGAUGAUGUCGAGCAGACACAAAAAAGAAGUCAAGCGACGAACAAAAACUGGAUGCUUGACGUGUCGUAAGCGAAGAAUCAAGUGCGACGAAGGGCAUCCGGUCUGCAGAAAUUGUGUCAAGAGCAAACGUGAAUGUUUAGGCUACGAUCCUGUGUUCCGCCCUCAGGCAUCCGCCCCAUCAGCCAUCCAACCUGCUCCUAAUCCUCCUCCGUCGCUUGUCGUUAAUCCCCAAGGCCCUCCUCCUCCUCCUUCGACACCCUCGUAUCCCUCUGCACCCCCUGGGUACAUGCCCGCGACGUCUCAACCAUUUGCGCCCUCACUUCAUUCCGAAUCGCCUAGCACCUCCACUGAUCAGCACGAACACGGAGCUACUGUUGAUCCUUCUUUGGGAGCUCAAAAUUCCCCUACCGUCGCGAAUAUGCAGAACACAGGCGGCGCACGACCGCAGGGCACUGAGCCUACCUACAAAGCAAAAAACCUUCAUAUGAACGACCUUGUCGCUUUGAGGGGUAUCGCACCACCCCCACAUCAUCAUGUCGGAACCCUCCCGCCUGGUCGCCUGGAGGAAAUCCAAGCCGUCUUCCUGGCCACAUAUGCUCCCGCAAUGGACAAAUUCUUGGAGGUGCGAUGGUACUCAGAGAAAGCUCUAUCUGUUCUCAUGGCAGACUCGCAACUUAUGGCGGACUAUUCGGCAUUGAUUGAUGCGUUCAACGAAUGGAAUCUCCAGGAUGGCGAAACCGUUGCACGCCUGGAGAGCUUCGAAGCGUCGCUCAUCUGGAGGAGCAUGAUCCUCUGUCGCAAGGUCCCGAAUGCAGAGAAUGGACAGCAUGGAGAAGACUGGAAUUUACUCGCCACUUGGACUCGCCUGAACGUGAUCGAAGCCCUGCUCACCUGGAACUACCUGGACGAGAACCCGCUAUCGCAAGCGGUGCGCAUGGAUGCAGCCAACCCUCCGAACCCUCCAGAUCAAUUCAUGUCCCGGCAGCUGGAUUUCUGGGACUCGCUCGGCGAGUUUCUCACGUUGCAUGAUAACGAGGCCAGCUCGGCCAAGCAGAUUGACGACGCACUCUCCCGCUGCCGCCAACUGCUGGAUACUUACGAAAACCGCGACAUCAUCUACUCCAUUGCCAUCGCGCGCCACCUGGGCCAGCGCUGGGCUGACUUCCCCAACAACUUACCCAAGGUCGGAUCGACCAACGAGAAGGAGGCCGGCACCAAACUGUUCGUCGCACAGAAGUUCCUUGAAGAAGAAGCCGAGGGUAAGGGUACCACGCAGAUCUACAAGCGUGUCUGCUGCAUGGCCGUUCGCUCAUGGUGGAUCGCCCGCGAGUAA